AUGGCCGAACACGCCGCGUCCGCCCCGCUCGAGUGCCAGCUGGGACUGGUGCCGGCCACCACGCCCGUAGCCAACCCGGCCACCGGCGCGGUGUACGACUUGCUCAACAUUGUGCCCUGGCUCCGCCGCCACGGCACCGAUCCGGUCUCCGGCACUCCUUGCGCCCCGCAGGAUCUGCUCCGCCUUCAUGUUGCCAGGGCCGACGACGCUGCCCAGACUCCCAUCUGCCCGCUCACACACGAGCCGUUCCUCUCCUCCUCUACCAUCGUCGCCCUCCGCACAAACGGCCGCGUCUACUCACUAUCGGGCCUCCGCGCCGUCGCCAUCGCCCCCGCCGCCGCGACAGGCGCCCCGCCUGCGGACCCGACCGACGGCUCGCCGUUUGACCCCGAGUCGGAUCUGCUUGUCUUGCAAGAUCCCAAGCGCCCGGCCGGCCGCCCGGAACCGUCGGCACAGCCCACGGCUGAGACUCGGGCCGAGUCGGCACCGGCGCCCGCCCGGCCAGCAUCGGCCGCGAGCUCAACCUCAACCUCGACCUCGACCUCGCACACCAACGUCGGGUACAUGGCGGCGUCGCUGACUUCGUCGGCGAUGGCGCCGGUGACGGUCGGCCAGCGGGUGGAGGAGAAGACACCCCAGGUGGCCAAGACGCGCGGCAAGUGCUACGUCCGGCUGGUCACCUCGCUCGGCGACCUCAACUUGGAGAUCCGCUCGGACUCGGUCCCACUCGCUGCCUACAACUUUGUGACCCACUGCACCAACGGGUUCUACGACGGCACCAAGUUCCACCGGCUCAUCCCGCGGUUCAUGAUUCAGGGCGGCGACCCGAGCUCGACUGGCUCGGGCGGCGCCUCCGUCUACGGGCAGCCCUUUGCCGACGAGUUCCGCGGCAAGUUGACCCACGAUGCACGCGGCGUCGUUGCCAUGGCCAACAAGGGCCCGAACACCAACACAUCCCAGUUCUUCAUCACCUUUAACUCGGCCCACCACCUCGACAACAAGCACACCGUCUUUGGCCGCGUCGUCGGCGGCGGUCCUGUUCUCGACAUGAUGGAGGCCAUGCCGACCGUCCCCGACUCGGACACCCCGCUCCAAGACAUCGUCAUCCGCUCCACGCCAGUUUUUGUCAACGCCUUUGCUGACGAGGCUGCCGCCAAGGUCAAGGCCACAGCGCCCGCGUCCGCCGACGCUGCCGCCCGACCUGCGCCCGUCGACCCGCUCGCCAUCGGUCGCUACCUCGCCACACCGCCAUCGUCCGAUGAUCCGGCCAAGGUCAAGACCAAGGCCAAGGGGAAGGCCAAGGGGAAGGCCAAGGCCAAGGUCAAGGUCAAGGACAAGGACAAGGCCAAGGGGAAGAACAAGCGCCGCCGCGAAGACGAGCCGCCGUCGCCCGCCGCACCCGCCGACCCGGCGCUCCUCGCCCGCCUCGCCAAGCGGCUCAAGCCCUCGUCACACCUCUCCGACUUUUCGGCGUGGUAG